AUGGAUGAUUUUUAUGAUUUUGUUGAUUAUUUGGAAAUGGUUGAUGAAAAUUUGGAAAAUAUUGAUGUUGAACGAAUACCAAGAAAAUAUAUUCGUAAUCUGGAAGAUCCGCUUGAAAAAUAUAAUGACGACCAAUUUUUAAAGCGAUACAGAUUUCCAAAAAUAAUUGUUAUGGACAAAUUAUCAAAUUUGUUAGGAGUUCAUUACACCAAUAAUCGUGGGUUGUCUAUUCCGCUUAUUUUACAGUUAUUAACUACAUUGCGAUUUUAUGCAACAUCAAACUUACAAGCUGUUUGUGGAGAUCUGAGAGGGAUUAACCAGAGCACUGUAUCUAGAAUUAUAAAAAGAGUUUCGGAUCAGAUUGCUAGUCAUUUUGGAGAACACGUUAAGUUUCCUCAUACAGAGGCUGAAUGGGAUGUCAUUAAACAAAAGUUUUUUAGUAUAGCUGGAAUGCCAGGUGUUGGAGGUUGCAUUGACUGCACUCAUAUCAAAAUCCAAAAUCCAGGUGGUCUUAAUGGUGAAGUAUUUCGAAAUAGAAAAGGAUGGUUCUCUUUAAAUGUUCAAUUAGUUUGUGGUCCGCAGAUGGAAAUACAGGAUUUGGUGGUUAGAUGGCCAGGUAGCUACCAUGAUAGUUUCAUCUUCAAUGCUAGUCAUGCAUGUGCUGUUUUUUCAAACAGCAAUAAUAAACUUUUACUUUUGGGAGACAAUGGAUAUGCAUGCAAACCCUACAUUUUUACUCCUUUACUUAAUCCAGUAAUAAAUGCUGAGAAGAAUUAUAAUAAAGCUCACAUCAAAACAAGAAAUAUAGUGGAAAGAGUAUUUGGUGUAUGGAAAAGGAAAUUUCCAUGUCUAAGAAGAGGUUUAGCAAAUGCGCCAAAAACAACUGUUUCAAUAAUUUUAGCAUGUGCAGUGCUAUACAACUUAAGUUUAAAACUUAGAUUACCAGAAUUUGAUAUUGUAGGAGAAAAUGAUGAUGAAGUAGAAAAUGUUGAUGAAAAUGAAAAUGAAGAUGUUGUUGGUGCAGCUGCUAGGAAAGCUUACAUCAUUAGACAUUUUAAUUAA